UAUACCUUGUUAGAGGCGUGCGCGGUGGGGACUCGGUCCGAACACGCCGGUGACAAUAACUUCCGGCCGCUAAGAUGGCCUGCGAGAAGAGACUGUCUGCGAGGCGAAAGCACACUCUGAAAGGAUGCAUGCUGCUGGUGGCCACCAACAUGCUGGAGGCCGAGGCGGGGGUGAAGGUCGGGGACAGGGAGAACUUCCUGUCUGAUAAAUGUCCUCCUCUGGAGCUGCCGUACUCCAAGGACGAGCUUGAGGAGCUCUGCAAGAAACUCCACGACCAGAUUAACAUCAGCGAGGAGGAGCGAUACAGCAUAGAGUUCAAACUCAACCUGGUCAUGACUGAGGUCAGAGACCUCAACAUAAAGAUUGUGGACAUGAGGGGAAAGUUCAAGAGACCCCGUCUGAAGAAGGUUCGCAUGUCUGCCGACGCCAUGCUGAAAGCCCUGCUGGGCUCCAAGCACACGGUCAACAUGGACCUGAGGGCCAACCUGAAGCAGGUCAAGAAGGAGGUCAAGGAGGAGGACAAGCAGCUGCGUGACGUGGGAGACUGGCGUAAGAACAUUGAAGACAAGUCUGAUAGGAAGAAGAUGUUUGAUAGUUAAAUGUGACCGCUGGGCUCAAGGACAGAAUUCAGGUCCAAUGUCUUUGUAACGGAACAACAUGCUGCAUAUACACCAUUUCCUUUGCUUUUAUUGAAGAGAAGAGACGUAAGGCUUUUACAGGUAGAGGUUGUGAAUAUCUCGGAUGAUUUGUCAACUGAAGGUACAGAAGAAAGAUGAUAGUGUUUCUCUACCACAGUAAGUGAUGAUCUCCUCGGUUGGUUUUUCAGGUUUUUAGAAGUGAUGACUGUGCAAACAAAUCAUCAUUUUAACCCUGGACCUUUAAAUUGAGGAAGUUAAAAGUAAAGUAAAUCUAAAUUUGAGUUACAGUUUUUACUUAACCAUAACUUUGCAGUAGAUUGGCAGGUUUCGGGUAGUUUCUGGAUAUUUUUUGGAACAAAGCUCUUUGAUGUAUUUGAACUGUGUGUACUGAUGUCAGUAUUAAAACUAGAGUGAUGAAUCCAACCUGCCUUUCUACAGUACAGCACAGUAGAGCUUCUGCGCCCAAACAUGGUCAUACCUGCAAUAUAACACUUACAAAAUAAUAUAAUACUUUAUUUACUUAAAUGAGUUUGCUGUGCACCCUGACAAUAUUUAUUCUGCAUUCAAAUUUAAAAAAAAUAACUAGUAUCACAUUUACAGCCAAUCAUGUAAGCUUCUAAUUUAAAAUAAGAGAACCUCCACCAGACUUUGGUCAUAAUCAGGCCGCUUGGUUCUCCAAAGUUUUCCAGUUUCAAAAUCCAUUAACCAAUUUUCUGUCCUUGGUGUCUGAUGGUAACAGCGUGUGACGUUAGCCAACGUUAGCAUGGAUCCUACGAAGCAGAAGUAUAAUUCAGCCUUCCGUCUGCACUGACUACAAGUCAUCUUUUCUAAACUGUCCCAACAGAAGUGUGAUGUACGUUCCUUCUUGUUGCUGUCACAUUAAAUAAGAAACUUUGAUGUUCA